CAUAUCUGAGGGUUCGGCUACCGUAGGACACUUACUUAAGGGCACGCCCCACAGCCCGGUUGCCGGAGCUGGAAUGGGGCCAGCGCGGAGGUGGUAUCCGAGCGGAAACCUAACGGGGCGGGGGAUUCUGCUUAGGGCGGUGGGGACACGUCCCGGGAGAGGAGGCAGCUCUGUGGUUCCGCUCUGGGUCGGUGGCGGAAGAGACCGGACGUGGCGUGAGUCGGCUGCGGGUAGGAGAGAAGGCUCGGUCCGGAGCAGAGGGCCACAUCUGGGCGGCGGAGACCUAGGGGACGGGACGUCGUCGCGGCUCUCGGUGGCGGCGGCAGAAGUGCCAGGCCGCUAUUUGCGCCUCUGCGCGUCCCCGCGCGCAGCGCCCCGGACUCCCGGAGCGAUGAGAGUGCAGGUCAAGUCCCAGAAAUCCUGGAUUGAAGGAGUGUUCGACAAGAGAGAAUGUAACAAAAUCAUACCCAGCUCAAAGGACCCUCACAGAUGUACUACAGGAUGCCAGGUUUGUCAGAAUUUAAUCAGGUGUUACUGUGGGCGAUUGAUUAGAGACCAUUAUGGGAUAGAUGAAGCCUGGACCAUCUCAGCUGCCAACGAUAGUGAAAAUGAACAAUGGUCUGUUGAAAAGCACACAAUGAAAAGCUCUACAGAUACCUUUGGCACGAUUAACUUCCAAGAUGGAGAGCACACCCACCACUCAAAGUAUAUUAGAACUUCUUAUGACACAAAGUUGGAUCAUCUAUUACAUUUAAUGUUGAAAGAGUGGAAGAUGGAACUGCCAAAGCUGGUGAUCUCUGUCCACGGGGGCAUCCAGAACUUCAAGAUGCCCUCCAAACUCAAAGAGAUCUUCAGCCAAGGUUUGGUCAAAGCUGCAGAGACAACGGGAGCAUGGAUAAUAACUGAAGGCAUUAAUACCGGUGUGUCCAAACAUGUUGGGGAUGCCCUGAAAGCCCAUUCCUCCCAGUCCUUGAGAAAAAUCUGGACAGUUGGAAUCCCUCCUUGGGGUGUCAUUGAGAACCGGACAGAUCUUAUUGGAAGAGAUGUGGUGUGCCUGUACCAGACUCUGGGCAACCCCCUCAGCAAACUCACCACACUCAACUGCAUGCACUCCCACUUCAUCCUGUCCGAUGAUGGCACUGUGGGCAAGUAUGGCAAUGAGAUGAAGCUCAGGAGGAACCUGGAAAAGUACCUCUCUCUGCAGAAAAUACACAGCCGCUCAAGACAAGGAGUGCCUGUGGUGGGGCUGGUGGUGGAAGGUGGUCCCAAUGUCAUCCUCUCAGUGUGGGAGACUGUGAAAGACAAAGAUCCAGUGGUGGUGUGUGAAGGCACAGGCAGGGCUGCCGACCUCCUGGCCUUCACCCACAAACACUUUGCAGAUGAAGGGACCCUGCGUCCUCAGGUGAAGGAGGAGAUCAUCUGCAUGAUUCAGAACACUUUCAACUUUAGUCUUAAACAGUCCAAGCACCUUUUUCAAAUUCUGAUGGAGUGUAUGGUGCACAGGGAUUCUAUUACCAUUUUUGAUGCUGAUUCUGAAGAGUCACAGGACCUUGAUUUAGCAAUCCUAACAGCUCUGCUAAAGGGCACAAAUUUAUCAGCAUCAGAACAAUUAAAUCUGGCAAUGGCUUGGGACAGGAUGGACAUUGCCAAGAAACAUAUCCUAAUUUAUGGACAACAUUGGAAGCCUGGCUCGCUAGAACAAGCAAUGUUAGAUGCUUUGGUGAUGGAUCGAGUGGAUUUCGUGAAGCUCUUAAUAGAAUACGGCAUGAACCUCCAUCGCUUUCUUACCAUCUCCCGACUGGAAGAGCUCUAUAAUACAAAACAAGGACCAACCAAUAUGCUCUUGCAUCAUCUUGUCCAAGAUGUAAAACAGCAUGCCGUUCUCUCAGGCUACAGAAUAACGCUGAUUGACAUUGGACUGGUGAUAGAAUACCUUAUUGGUAGAGCAUAUCGCAGCAGCUAUACCAGAAAAAAUUUCAGAGCCCUCUACAGCAACCUCUACAGAAAACAUAAGCAAGUGACCACUUUUGCUCAAAGCCUUCCUCAGCCCCCUCUUCACCGAAGAUGCCGCUCAGGAAAUAGAAAUGAAUCUGCAGAAAGCACACUGCACUACCAGUUCAUUAGAACUGCCCAACCUUACAAAGUCAAGGAAAAGUCUGUAGCCCUUCAUAAAUCAAGGAAGAAGUCAAAAGAAGAACAAAAUAUAUCAGAUGACCCUGACUCUACUGGCUUUAUUUAUCCUUAUAAUGACCUGCUGGUUUGGGCUGUGCUAAUGAAAAGGCAGAAGAUGGCCAUGUUCUUCUGGCAGCACGGAGAGGAGGCCACAGUCAAGGCAGUAAUUGCUUGUAUACUGUACCGAGCAAUGGCCCGGGAAGCCAAGGAGAGCAACAUGGUUGAUGAUGCCUCAGAAGAGCUGAAAAAUUACUCAAAACAGUUUGGCCGGCUUGCCCUAGAUGUGUUGGAGAAGGCAUUCAAACAGAAUGAAAGAAUGGCCAUGAAACUGUUGACCUAUGAACUCAAGAACUGGAGCAAUUCUACCUGUUUAAAACUGGCUGUUUCUGGAGGGUUGAGGCCCUUUGUUUCACAUACUUGUACCCAAAUGCUACUGACAGAUAUGUGGAUGGGGCGUCUGAAAAUGAGGAAAAACUCUUGGUUAAAGAUCAUCAUCAGUAUUCUUUUCCCACCCACCAUUUUGACAUUGGAAUUUAAAAGCAAAGCAGAGAUGUCACAUGUUCCCCAGUCCCAGGACUCCCAGUUUACGUGGUAUAAUGGUGACCAGAAUGCCAGCGCUCCCAAAGAAAGUGCUUGUCUGAAAGACUAUGAUUUGGAAAGUGGCCCUGAUGAGAAACCAGAUGAAAAUCAGCACUUUGAUUUGAAGAGUGGGCCCCAAAGCCUCCCAUGGACCAGGAAAGUCUAUGAGUUCUACAGUGCUCCAAUUGUCAAGUUUUGGUUUUAUACGAUGGUGUAUUUGGCAUUCCUCAUGCUGUUCACUUACACCGUGUUGGUGGAGAUGCAACCCCAGCCCACCGUGCAAGAGUGGCUCGUUAUCAUUUACAUCUUCACCAAUGCCAUUGAGAAAGUCAGGGAGGUCUAUAUUUCAGAACCUGGGAAGUUUACUCAAAAGGUGAAGGUAUGGAUUAGCGAGUACUGGAAUCUGAUGGAAACUGUGGCUACUGGCCUGUUUUUGGUGGGUUUUGGCCUUCGGUGGGGUGACCCCCCUUUUUACACGGCGGGAAGACUCAUAUACUGCAUCGACAUCAUAUUCUGGUUCUCACGGCUCCUGGACUUCUUUGCUGUGAAUCAACAUGCUGGUCCCUAUGUGACCAUGAUUGCAAAAAUGACGGCAAACAUGUUCUACAUCGUGAUCAUCAUGGCCAUCGUCCUGCUGAGCUUUGGAGUGGCGCGCAAGGCCAUACUUUCACCAAAGGAGCCCCCAUCCUGGAGCCUUGCUCGAGAUAUCGUGUUUGAGCCAUACUGGAUGAUCUAUGGAGAAGUCUAUGCUUCAGAGAUAGAUGUUUGUUCAAGCCAGCCGUCCUGCCCUCCUGGUUCUUUUCUUACUCCGUUCCUGCAAGCUGUCUACCUCUUCGUGCAAUAUAUCAUCAUGGUGAACCUGUUGAUUGCUUUCUUCAAUAACGUUUACAUAGAUCUGAAAUCCAUUUCAAAUAACCUGUGGAAAUACAAUCGCUAUCGCUACAUCAUGACCUACCACGAGAAGCCUUGGCUGCCCCCGCCUUUUAUCCUGCUGAGUCACAUUGGUCUCCUCCUUCGCCGUCUUUGCCAUCACCAAGCUCCAAAUGACCAAGAAGAGGGUGAUGUUGGAUUAAAGCUCUACCUGAGUAAGGAGGAUCUGAAAAAACUUCACAGUUUUGAAGAACAGUGUGUGGAAAAAUACUUCCAUGAGAAGAUGGAAGGUCUGAAUUGUAGUUGUGAGGAACGAAUCCGAGUGACAUCAGAAAGGGUUACAGAAAUGUGCUUCCAACUGAAAGAAAUGAAUGAAAAGGUGUCUUUCAUAAGGGACUCCUUAUUGUCUUUGGACAGCCAGGUGGGACACCUGCAGGACCUCUCUGCCCUUACAGUGGAUACCUUAAAAGUCCUUUCUGCUGUUGACACCUUACAAGAGGAUGAGGCCCUCCUGGCCAACAGAAAGCAUUCUACUUGCAGAAAACUUCCCCACAGCUGGAGCAAUGUCAUCUGUGCAGAGGUUCUAGGCAGCCUGGAGAUCUCUGGAAAGAAGAAAUACCAGUGUUAUAGCAUGCCCCCUUCUUUGCUGCGGAGCCUGGCCAGAGGCUGGCAUCCCCCACGAGUGCAGACAGGGCCCUUUCUUGAGAUUACAGACAGAAAGUUUUCAAAUGUAAGAGAUGACCAGGAAGAGCAAGAAACAGAAAAUAGUAUAGUUGCUUCUGGGGUGUCCCUGAACAGGCAAGCACACCCAAAGUAUGGCCAAUUUCUCCUGGUCCCUUCUCAUCUAGAGCAAGUUCCUUAUUCUGCGGAAACCAACUUGCCUCUGUCCAGACCAUCUUUGGAAGCAGGUACAGAUGUGCUGGCAACUGAACAUGUCACCCAGAGUGCGGUCCCUGUUCAUCUGAUGUGGCAGACCCCGGUUGUCUCAGCCCAGGGCUCAGUGGUGGAAACCAAGGAGCAGUAUGAGUCACUUGCUCAGUUACUAGCCAGACAAGACAAGGAGGAGCAAGUGCUACCCACAUUGAUUUGCACACCUGCACCCAUUAAAGUGACCUCCCUCCCUUCCCAAGUCAAGAGCAUGCAAACUGGAGGUGGAUAUGUGAACUGGGCAUUUUCAGAAGGCGAUGAAACUGGUGUGUUUAGCACCGAGAAACAAUGGCAAACCUGCUUGGCCUCCACUUGUAACUGUGACUCCAAACAGAGUGAACAAUGUCAGAGGCAGAUCCGGGACAGAUCCCUAUCUGAUAACUCAACAAGAUUGGCCCAGAGGGAUUGCUCAGAGGUGGGACCAUGGCUUCAGCAAAACACAUCCCUUCGGAUCAGUCCCCUUCGUAGAGACAGGCCCUUCAUUAGGAGUCAGAGUUUGAGAUUGCACAAAGAGGAGAAAUUGAAGAUCUGUAAGAUUAAAAAUCUUUCAAAAUCCUCAGAGAUAGGACAGUCAAAAUGGAUCAAAGCAAAAAUGCUAACCAAGGAUAGGAAAUUGUCAAAGAAAAAGAAGAAAACACAAGGACUACAGGUGCCAGUCAUAACAGUCAACACCUGCUCUCAAAGUGACCAACUGAACCCAGAGCCAGGAGAAAAUAAGAUCUCAGAAGAACAGAAUUGCAGCAAGAACUGGAUUCCGGUGUCCAAAUUUAGUCAGAUAAGUCUAGAAUCUUACAUAUAUCAGAAAAUGAAAAGUAGAGAAACUGAACGGCAUUCUGUACACGUCAGUGAUCAUGUAAGGCAGUCUCAAGAGGAUCUAAGCAAAAACUCUUUGUGGAAUUCAAGGAGCACCAAGGUCAAUAGGAACUCUCAGUUGAGAAGUUCAAAUGGAGUUAACAGAAUCUCAACCUCCUUAAAAAGCCCUCAAGAGUCUCACCAUCAUUAUUCAGCCAUUGAAAGGAACAAUUUAAUGAGGCUUUCUCAGACCAUACCAUUUACACCAAUCCAACUGUUUGGAGAAGAAGUAACUGUCUACAGGCUGGAGGAGAGUUCCCCUUUGAAUCUGGAUAAAAGCAUGUCUUCUUGGUCCCAGCGAGGGAGAUCUGCAAUGAUCCAGGUGUUGUCCCAAGAGGAGAUGGAUGGUGGCCUCCGCAAAGCCAUGAAAGUCAUUAGUACCUGGUCUGAGGAUGACGUCCUCAAGCCGGGGCACGUUUUCAUUGUGAAGUCCUUUCUUCCUGAGGUUGUGCAGGCAUGGCGCAAAAUCUUCCAGGAGAGUACUGUGCUUCAUCUUUGCCUCAGGGAAAUUCAACAACAAAGAGCUGCUCAAAAACUGAUCUAUACCUUCAACCAAGUGAAACCACAAACCAUUCCCUACACUCCAAGGUUCCUGGAAGUGUUCUUAAUCUACUGCCAUUCAGCCAAGCAGUGGUUGACCAUUGAGAAGUACAUGACUGGGGAGUUCCGGAAGUACAACAACAACAACGGUGAUGAAAUUGCCCCCAGCAACACCUUGGAGGAGCUGAUGUUGGCUUUCUCUCACUGGACCUAUGAGUAUACUCGGGGAGAGCUGCUGGUUUUAGAUCUGCAAGGUGUUGGAGAAAAUUUGACAGAUCCAUCUGUUAUAAAACCUGAAGAAAAACAAUCAAGAGGAAUGGUGUUUGGACCAGCCAAUUUAGGGGAAGAUGCAAUUAGAAACUUCAUUGCAAAACAUCGUUGCAACUCCUGCUGCCGGAAGCUCAAACUCCCGGAUUUAAAAAGAAAUGACUAUUCCCCCGGAAGGAUAAAUUCCGCCUUUGGACUUGAAAUCAAAACUGAACCAGCUGAGGAGACUCCAGCAGAGGAAGAGGGUAAUAAUUCUCCAGAAGACCUCACACGAUUGUAAGAAAGGGAGAAGUAAGAAGAUGACAGCCCUUGCCCUCCCUUCUAUGAACUCUAUGGUAACAUAGAUUGAUUGAUGUAACACUGGUUAUGUCAGAGCCUCUGCCGGGAUGGCCUUACCCUGAGGGCCUCCUGGGACAUGCCUUCUGAGCCUCAUGUCUCCCCUCCCCAAGGACCUCACUGGUGUAUGAUGAACGGCUUCUCCUACAUAUUGACCUGUGUGCGGGGUGCUUUGCGUGUGUUCGUCAUUCUCAAGUUGCACAAGAAGACAGAUGACUCAGCCAGGAAUGCUGCUCUUCAUACCUCAUUCCUUGUGCAGAAUGCUGGGCACUAAAGAACCAGGCAGAUAAAUUUAAUUUAUUUUCUUACUAUGUGUGCAGACUCUAACCUCCACUACUAUUCAUCACCUCACCCACAUAUUGUAUUUAUGUAUAUAUGUACAUAAAAAAGUCACUUGACUCCCUCCUCUCCUUUCCAGCAGCAUAGGGCUUUGAAGAGCGACACAAAGGAAAACAACGGAGUAAGGGUGUAUUUGCACAGGCUGGAGCACGCUCCAGUACAAACUAACCAGUAAAAUGUUAGCAUCCUGGUGAAAUCUAGAUGGGUUUCAAUAUUGUCAGUGAAUCAUAUGAUAACCGGGCAUUUCAGGUUUCCCUGGAAGAGAGGAAAGGGAAAUCUAAAACAAACGCCCCUGCAUCCUUUUUUUUUUAAGGGAACAAGGAUAUAUAAAACUAGAAAUCAUUAAGAAAUGUUGUCCCUUCCCUUACGCUCAGGGACACUAUUGGUUAGAGAGUUGACUAAGCCAGCCUCUAAAGUAUUACUCUCUUUUUCAAAGCUGGGUAUAUAAUGUUACAAGCUAAAUUACUUUAUGUCAGGUCCUAUGAGGAAAGAUGGGGUUUUUGAAUGAAAACACGUUUCACAGGUAAUCGCCUGGUUGAAAUACAGAGUUCUGGUGGCUUUAACGAGUGCUGGAGUGUAUAUUUUAAGUAUGGCCUGAGCACAUGUAAUCGGUUUCAGUGGCCUGAAGAAAGGGUCCCUGGAAGCCACACUGUACAGCAGUGGUCCCCACCCUUUUUGGCACGAGGGACAGGUUUCGUGGAAGACAGGUUUUCUACGGACCGGUUGCGGGGGGUGGGGGAUGGGGGGGAUGGUUCAGGCAAUAAUGCCAGUGAUGGCGAGCGGAAGAUGAAACUUUGCUCACUCGCUGCUCACUUCUUCCUGUGCAGCCUGGUUCCUGACAGGCCGCAGACCUGGUCCGUGGUCCUGGUCCGUGGCCCCGGGGGUCAGGGACCCCUGCUGUACAGCAUAUUUGGGGGAUCGGUCAUCCCUCUUUCGCACUUAUCAGGGUCACCCUACCUCAGAACAAGCACAAACUGUUCACACAAGGAGGAGUUGGAGGGCUGGAAAUCUUCUCCCCACUCUUCCUGCAUCUCCUUUCCUCAUUAUAAAGCGUUCCAAUCUACCAGCAACAGACCUCCUGGAUUUGAAAUUUUCAACUUAUCUUUCUCGUUAGCCCUUACAUUAGCUGGCUUGCUUUUUAAAUCAACACUCCUGCCUUCUGAGGUUAUACUUUGGGGAAAUGUUGCCCAGGGAUAGGGGGAUGGAAAGCCAACGAUUUGAUUUGCCAAAGAUAGUGUCUGGCUCUUGUGAGAUGCGCAAGGGCUGAUUUACAGCCUUUUUACUUUGGUCUUUGGGGUGGUGGGAGGUGGGAAACUUGGGUGAUUUCUUGAUUGGCAAUGAGGAUAAAAUGUUAAUGCUUUUUUCAGAGCUUAACUGCUUUAUCCUAUUCUGCAAAUCAAUAAGGGAUCUCUUUGUGCUCACUUCAGAGCCGUGUUCAACUAUUGGAAGGAGGCAAUUUGCCUAUCCAAGCCAAACUAAAAGCAUUAAUUCAUUGGUCAAAUAUUUGUUACCUGGAAUGGAACUUGAAAAAACACAUUUUGAUUUUAAUUUUCUGUGUUAUGAUUUUCUCACUCUCUUUUUAAGAAAAAUCACCCAAAUAACAUUUUAAAAAGGUGAACCAGCUGCUGGGCAGAGGUCACUGUGGGAUAGCUUGCAUGCAGAUACCAAUGUGACAAUCAUGACUUUGAUUCAUGACCACAAAUGAAUGAAUUCAUCCAUUUAGUUAAUUUUAUUCAACAGAUAUUUAUUAAGUGCCUUCCCUGUGGUGUGUAAGUGAUGAGGGUGCAAUGAACAUAACAUUUCUUUGCCCUCAGAAAGUGUUAUAUCUCACGUUUCUUUCUUUUUUGGUUGUUGUUACAAGUUUGGAUUUCUGGUGAGUGCUAAAAAAUUUGACUUCUGGGCAAAUGUUGAAUCCAGAGAUGUAUUCCAUACCCUAUCUGCCAGUGGGCAGUAGGUUCAGACUGGAAUAAGAGAAUUAGGGCAAAUAAAAGGACAUAGAUGGGGCUGGUUUUAGGAACCACUGAGGAAAAAUGGAUUGCAUAAUCCUUGUAUGAGCCCUUAGCCAAUCUCACAGAUGGAAAUCUGAACCUGGGGACCAGAGAAGCAGCCAGGUUCCGGGGAGUCCUUCCUGAAGGCAUCCUGUGCAUGGGUAUUCCCCUCCAUGGGGCUGUACAUUCCUGGAGUGACUUUUGCCCCACGACAUCUUAAAGCUUCUAACAACUCUGGGGAAUGAGAUCAGAUAUAGUUUUGGGUGUUCCUCACCCUCUUAUUUUCUGUAGCUUUGCAAAACAAGUACUGGGUGACUAAAACUUCCCUACCAACCAUUUAAUCAAAAAUUGAAAAAAAAAAUUUGUUGUUACUGUUUUAGUUGAGACGGAUCACUCAGUUUCUAGAAGUCAUGACACAGAUGCUCCUGCCAUGGCUUGUUACCCUUCUCCAUCAGUCACCGGCAUCUAGCACGAAGUGUGGCACAUAAUAAGCUUUCAACAUUAUUUGUUGAAAGAAAUAAUAAAACCCUCACAUGAUAAUGGAUUUCAUUCACUAGUUAAUAAAUCAGAUUUGCAUUUUUAAUCUAGAAGGGAAUGAUUACCAAUUCCUUAAGACCCAACACAAUUCUUUUGAUCUCUCUCUGUUUUAAUUUUCCAGGAAAUAGCUUUUAACAACCUACACCUUGUCUGUUGAAUUCUCAACCAGUUCUUGCCCUUAUCGUUGUGGCGAUAAUACCAGAGUACCGUCCUUCUUACUGGUGACUAUUGAAAUGAGAUGAUAACUUCCCAGAAACUGCCUAGAAAUAAUCAUCACUUUAUUACCCUUUGAAAAGAAGAUUGAUAGAAAAGUCAUUUGAAAGAUGGUUCAUUACCAUGCCCUAGUAUGAUUUCUUUACUCACAUCUCUCCAAAGCAUGAGAAAGGGAGGAUUAUUCUCUGAGGUCGGAAUUUGAAGGCUGUGUGUUUGCCUCUUUGAAGUCUUGGUAUUUAAUUUUCUGUAGUCAUUUCUUGGGCAAUUUUCUAAGAAACUAGUUGAAGCUAAUUUAUCAUAAGUUAAAGUCAAAUGACAGAAAAGAUUUUUUUCUCCCUUAGCAGCAUUUUAUUCCACAGAGGUUAGCUUCUGAAGGAAAAUGAGACUUAAAUAGCAUUUCAGAUCUCCAGCCACAUGGAUGGGUACACAGAAUAGAAAGGGUUCUGGAAACCACACUGAUUUUUUUAUUUAGCAUAGUUAUUAUUUUGUGAUUUUUCUUCCUGGACCUUGAUAUACAGAUAAUGAAAUGCUCUCCUAAAAAUAAUUAGUUAAGUUGCUUAAUUUUUCAAAAAGAAACUUUCAGUCCUCAAGAGAUAACAACCCUUGGUCUCUAUCAUUGGCCGAUUUGGUUUAACUUUAUAUAAUUCUUUUAACCUUUGUCUUAAACCCUAACUCUGCAAUGAGAUGAGGUAACUUGCCUUACCUUUUCAAACAAAGGCAAACAAUAAUGAGAGAGUAUUUAUAAGGUCCUUUGAGAAUCUCAUUUGAAAGGCUUCUCGUGAGCAUGGGAUCCAGUUCAAUAAGUAAUAAGGGGUUUUCAUUUUUCAUAUUAUGUGACCAUUAUUUCAUGUUUACAGAGGAUGCUCAGUGGACUUGUUUCAGUAUAAACACAAAAGUGGUUUCUGCUGUUUCUCUCUUUCCAAGGGGAAAAAGCUCAUUGCCCCCUUUUUGUUUUGAAACUUAAUUAAAGUAGUUCAAAAUCAGGAUGUUCACCAUUUUACAGUGUCUCCUACUUAUUUUGUUUAUUGAUGGAUUUAGGUUUACACAGCUAAUGUCUUUUGCCACCUUCUGCCCAAAGAAAGCCUUCCAGGAUAGGUAAAGUCCAAAUCUGACACCAUCAUUGGUGAUAUUUUUAGGAAUGAAAAAAGAGCAGGUUCAGAAUCUUGAUAUUUGCAAAGGUUGAUGUUUUACAAAAAAUUUAAUUAGAUUUAGAUUUUGUCAGUGUAGUGCUGUUUAAUAGUAAGAAAAUUCUGCCUAUGGCUUGCCAGUGUCUUUUAGUAACUAACUUCCUUUAGAAUUCUCGUCUUCCCCUAGUGGUUUUCGUUUGUUUGUUUUUUGUUUUCAUUUUGAACCUUUAGAAAUUCCACCUGCUAUAUUAGUCAGAAAGUCCUUACAAUUGUUAUGGUAGAAACCCUUUGGCUAAUGACUGUCCAAAUGUGGACAUAAUAAUUGCCUUUCACUGGAGGGAUUUGGGGGAAUCAUCAUUGGUGUCAUGUGAUUGCACUUUGGCUUCUAAUGAAUCUUUUUCUGUUUAUCAUAUUGGUCACCAGUAAGAAGUCACAGAACCUCAGGAUGCUUUGGUAACCAAAAGAAAUCCUUGGUGUGUGUUAUGGGCUGAAUCGUGUUGAAAUCCUAACCCCCACUACCUCGGAAUAUGAUUGUAUUUAGAAAUAAGGUAUUUACAGAGGUAAUUAAGUUUUAAUCAGGUCAUUAGGGUGGGCCCUGAUUCAAUAUUCCUGAUAUCCUUAUAAGAAGAGGAGAUUAGGACACAGACACACUGAAAGUGAUGAUCGCGUGAAGACCGAGAGAACGCAGCCACCUCCAAGCCAAGGAGAGAGGCUCGCAAGAAACCAGACACACUGACGUCUUGGACUCCCAGCUUCCAGAACCGGAGGAAAGAAAUUUCUCUUGUUUAAGUCACCCAGUCUAUGCUGCUUUGUUAUGGCAGUCCCAGAAAACUGUUACAGUGUGUUGCCAUGGAAUUCUCUACUUGCCCCUGGAAUUUUGUAGAAAGGGACUUGGGGAGCAGAGAUGCUGGCAACAACAAUGGAGAGAAGGAGGAGGAAUGACCAUUGGUUGCAUGUAUCUGCUGUGGGAGAGGACAGAGAAUAUCACGGAUGGUAGCAGGACUGGUGAAUUAUUUUAUUGAGAGAGUAGAGAGUGAUGUGUUCUGGAGAUCACCUGAGUGUUACAGAGGAAAACAAACAUGGGCCGGGCUUCAUGACAUGGGGUGUUUGCCUACUGCUAAAGGGCUUCUGGGGAUUGGAAGAGAGGUAUGGUGAUGAUGUACAGUGUAGUCCUUAGUUUUGUACAACUUCCAUAUAUAUCCUAUUUAAGAAAUACUCAUUGAGCUUUACCAUGUGUUAUGUCCUGACCCUAAGGUUAGACCUAUGAGAUAAGAUCCAUUUCUGUCUUCAAGGCUCUCCAAAACAAAUAAGGAGUUUACAGUAUACUGAUUUGUCAUUGCCCAGCAAUGACAAAUAUUAUUAUUUUUAAAAUAUUAUUAUUAUUAUAGGCAAUGUGUGUUGAGCACUCAUUAUGUUCUAGGCAUUGUGCUAAAUGCCCAUUACAAAGAUUUGAAAAGGCUGCUUAUACGUUAGGCAACUUAAUUAAGUCAGCUACCCAAGGAGGAGCCAGGAUUUAAAGAUCAAUCAAAUCAAUGACAUAGAUGGCUAGGCAAUACUAACCAGCACACUUAGAAUUACUAGAGCGUGAAUCCCUAUGAUGGUUUGAAACACAGAUUUGGAAGUCAGACCUAACUUAGGCCACUGGAUGAGAAAAUCCAAACUGGCAUUUGUGGAAUGUUACCUUGUGUCCUCUCUGUACAUGUCAUUGUCAAGGAAAUCUUUGCUGCACAGUAAAUAGCCAUUCAUAGAGUGUGAGUCCAUGGUAGAGGCACUUCCUCUUGUCAUCAUCAGAAGGUAAGUGCAAGAUGAUGAGUGGGUUCUUUUGAGUCUGGCACUGUGUCUGCCAAUGAAUUUUUCUGUUUCCACUUGCAUUUCUGUCCUCCUUUUAUGUCUUCCUAAAAAAUUAGAUAUUUGUUGGUCAAUGCAGCAGCUAACUAUUUGAUAGCAUCUAGUGACAUUCCAGUUUAUCAAUUUAUAGUGAGAAAUAGAAUCUAUGCAAACGACAAAACCUUUAUCAGUCUGACCAUCACACUGUGUCCCUGGAGGCCUUGGAAGCUGGAUUAUAAUCAAAGGGUUGCAUGAAGUGCGUGGAAUCAGAACAGAGUUAGAUAAAUCACAUAUUGAAUGGUUUCAGGCUAAGACAUCCUGUUUCAUCCCAUCUUCUCCAGAGGUAUGGGCCUUCCAGUGGGAGUGGAAUACCCAAAGUGUGCAAUCCAGACUGAUUCCAAAGAACUGAAAGUGACCAGCCUUGAGAAAUAUGGAUGAUAAUGAGAAUUAUUUUUCUCACGUCUUCCCUCCCUCCCUCUCUUCCUUGCGUCCUUCCAUGCUUCCUUUCUUCUUCUCUCUUCAUUUUCCUUUCUCUGACUUCCUAUUUCUGUUACAUCUUUUUAUACCACACUGGCUGCAAAUAUGAACCAAGAAACGUCAUUAAUUUUACCUAAGUGAGGUACCUAUUUUUCCAGAAAUGUAGAAUUAGAAAAAAAAAAGAGAGAGAACUAAAAGGAUAGAUGAAAAUAAUGAGAUUUAAAGAGAUUGUGUUUCACUCAAAGUUAAUAUAACUAUAUUGUCUGAGGAGAGACUAGAACUCAGGCCUUCCAAGUCAUCACCAUUUUUCUUAAUAAUGACUGAAUUUGAGUUAAGGCAAAUAAUGUUCUCUUGUUGUAUUAAACUUCUUCUCUGUUUUCUUAAAAAAUAUUCAGAUGUUUCUGUGUGUGAAUAAGUCUUUAACUAGGAAAUCUUUAUAAGGCUGUCAUAUGGGUCAAAUAAGAUUUACUUGUCUAUGCUUUUCAAAGAGGAUAAUUCAUUAGGUAUCUGAUUUUAGAAUUCUAGUUGCAAAAUGAUAUUGCAACUUAAUGACUAAUGAUUUUAAUAUUUCACUUUACUUAUUUGUAUGUGUGUAUAUAAUAUGUGUGUUUAUAUAAGCAGAAAGUAGCUAUUUGAAUACCAGGCUUGGGCGACUGUUGAGAUUUCAGUGAAAAGACUCUGUAAGACUUGGAUUUCAAUGAGUCUUUCAGAUAUUUCAUUUUAUUUAGGAUGAUUUGUGAUUAUUUCCUGUUGUCAUAAAAGGCCACUUAAGCCUCUGGCAUGCCUUGAAUUGUCCCAGAAGGGGCUUCAUGGAAUAGUAGAAAGUUCUCUAAACCCUGAAACCAGGUGGACUUAGGUUUGAACUGAAGCUCUGCCACUGAAUAAUUUGUUACCUUGGGCAACUUGAUUAACCUCUCUGAACCCAGCUUAUCAUAUGAAUAUGGUACGAUGAUCUGUUAAUAUACUGACUUACCUUUCUUCUUGCUAUUCUCCAUCCCAAGACAGUAGGUGGAUGCCCUUGCCUCAGGACCGUAAUGGCUUACUGCAUAAGUUGCAGGUCCCAAUAUGACAGCCGCUCACCAAGACAUCUGGAAAAUUGAUGGGGGCUGGAACUUGGAGCUGGUGAGGCAGAGGAAGCCUACCCUGAGAAGAGAAGAGAGACUCACUCCUGGAGUCAGGGAAGAUGAUGGUGUUUUGUGUAAGAGGCAUAGGGCUUGUGAAGGGCCAGUUCAUGGAUAUCAGGACUGACUAAGAGCUAUGGCCUGAGAAGUCACAGGGAACAACACGUGUCCAUGCUAGUCAUGGAGCACGUGGAGCCACCUGCCUGUGAGUGGAUCCCGUGGGCCUGUGGGCCUGAUGGCCAAGAGAGCGGACCUCUCUCUAGAUUUAGGAAAAUAAGGUCAUGGAACACUUUUGACUAACACUCCAUAUCUUCUUGGACCAGGCAUCUUCACAAUAUCAUCAGAGCAUUGGGACCACUUGAGCAAAGAACACCGAAAAAGACAAAAGAGCUUCGCCAACCUCUGUGCUCUCAGGAGGGACUGAUUUCAAGGCAUCCAAUUAGCUGUGGGAAUAGAAGUGCUGAGAGAGGCAUCCAUCACUCUGGAGGCACCAUGGGCCAGGAGGCCAUGAGGAAGCAGCGGCAGCACUUGUCAGAGCCCAGAAGGGCCUCUUGGAGGAAGCAUCAGGCAGUCACUUACUGCUCAUUAAUAUUAUGUACUGCAGGUGGAGGACCCUCAAGUCAAAGGGAGCUCACCUCAGCAGCAGUUAAUGGCUCAACAACUUUUUAAACAGCUGGGGUGGUGAUCCAGAAGCACUUGGAGAUGGAGGAGGUAGUCGAUUUCAAAUCAUGAAAUGUCUUCAUGUUUAUAAUCUCCAUAGCAGGAGUAGACAGACGGUCUAUAAAAAGGCAUUUUCACACUCAUCUCUCUCUUAUGAUAAACAUUUCUUGCAAGAAGGAAGCUUUAGCUUAUACCUACAGGGGUCUUACAAGACUAAAAAGCAGCUGUUGGAGAAGAGAUAAUAAUCCUAUGCUUCUUUCCAGAGGGUGGUUUUAUGAGAAAAUCCACAAUUGUAUAGCUGGUACAUUUGAUGUUGGAAGAAUGGAACAUGCAGAGGUGAAAACUAAGGAUUGUGUUCAUGUGGGCUUCCAGGCCAUCAAGAUGCCCUCCAACCUGAAGCAGGAAGUGAACAAUGGCUUGAUCAAAGUGGAAGAAACUUCAGAAGCACUGAUAAAGACAGGACACAUUAAUGUAUAUACCAUGUGAGGAAACCUGAGCAGGGCUCCUGGAGUGCCAAGUUUUACAUGGGCAGUGGUUACAUGGGGUGAAACUGGUUGGUGGCAUGAACAGUCUUUGCACACUGCACAGAAGGCAGAUCUACCCCACCUACAGGGGAGGUAACCUGAACCGCUGGACUUGAAUACAACAGUUGGUGUAUCUGAAGUUUUGCUUAUGUAUGUAGAAGUUUUGCUCUUACCUGGGAGAAAACUGAGGUGUGAAGAGCAGGAGAUUUGCCCUUGCCCACAUGACGCUUUAUACCAUGGUGACAAAAUUCAGCCCAGCGUCAACGCCUAAGGUUGAAACUUCAGUGAAGAGACACCUAGAGUCUCCAAAUUCUGAACAAAUACUCAUGGAAAAGAACUUGGACAUGAUCCUUCUGAACACAGUUCAGGUCAGGAACCGGAGUGAAACCAGCUCCCUCAUCGUGGACUCAAAGGCUUAGAACUAAUCGUCACCUGAACUAUAAUCAAUGGGAGCAAUCAAAUGCAAUGAGAAAACGAACUUAUGGAGACUGCUUUUUGGUACAAAAAAAAAUUCAAGGGGGCUUCCCUGGUGGCGCAGUGGUUGAGAGUCCGCCUGCCGAUGCAAGGGAUACGGGUUCGUGCCCCGGUCCAGGAAGAUCCAACAUGCCGCGGAGCGGCUGGGCCCGUGAGCCAUGGCCGCCGAGCCUGCGCAUCCGGAGCCUGCGCGUCCGGAGCCUGUGCUCCGCAAUGGGAGAGGCCACAGCAGUGAGAGGCCUGCGUACCGCAAAAAAAAAAUUCAAGGGAAAAGACAUCAAAUCAAAUCACUCUCUUAGUAAUAUAGAACUCCGGAAAUGUAUUUUGAUCCUUGGGUUAUUUUCUUUGGAAUGGGAAACAUAAAUCCAAGUUAUGUGUUAAUUCUGUUUUUUAUUGACCAUAACAAUACCUAUGCUUUUGUCUCCUUAUUUAUAUAAAAGUGGUAAGAUUUAAUUAUUCCACUGGAGAAAAAUCAGUAUGUUGUAGUCAUAUAUUUAUAUAUAGACACAUUUAUAUAUUUUAUUAAAAUUUCAUUUACCAGUAGGUUUUGUGAUUAUGGAUCUCAAUCCUGUAGAAAAUUAAUGUGAGUCAAAACAACAACAAAAACAGCAACAAAUUUCUUCUCUUAAAACCUUCUCUAAUGGACACAAAAAUAAUCAAAAUAAUAAUAAAUAACAGUAAAAAUGUAGGGUGAGUUGUCCCUUUUUCCUUUGGUCUCUUUUUAAACAUGUAGUGUAAGAAAAAACAUUCAGAAUGCUUUGUUGCAUAUCUUUGUAGUGUAAGUUUGCAGCUAUUAUUCCUGCUAUGACUUUUUCAAUUGCUCCUAUUCCUUGCCUGGCUGCAAGAAACCACUAUGAGAUGUCCUAAAAUCACCUGAUGUGGGCACAGUCUCCCCAGUCACUCAAAUAGGGCAGUGGUUUUCAAUCGGCGUCGUUUUGCCCCCCAGGGAACAUUUGGCAACAUCUGGAGACAUUUGGGUUGUCACAACUAUGGGUGAGGGGAUGCUACUGGCACCUAGUGGGUAGAGACCAAGGAUGAUGCUAAACAUCCCACAAUGUGCAGGACAAUCCUUACAGCAAAGAAUUGUCCAGUCUGAAAUGUCAACAGUGCAGAGGUUGAAAAAGCCAGAAACAGAGAAAUCACAGAAAAACUUUCCUGUAGUUUCCCAGAGUACCUUGCUUUGAUACGCUUUGAUUUCUUCAUAUGUGUGGAUCUGCCAUGCCAGCUGGUGUAGCUCUUCCAUGGUGUAUUGACAUGUCUCCAGAUGGGACUUAAUGAUGUUCUGCGCAAUUCGAUCUAUGAGAAAGAAUAUCAGUUUGAGGGUUUGUGAAUAAAAUCCCACUCUGCGGAAAGAAACCUGCUGUUAAUGUGUUUCCUGUAGGAAUGCCUUUUGGAGAUACUCCAAUUGUAUGAGCAUGUCUUUAACAUUACUAUCUAUUUAAAAAUCUCCAGACAAACUCUUUACUGCUUUUUUUCAAUUUUCAGUCUUUUUAUCAGAAUUAACUGCCUUUUCCUCCUCUUUUUGGUCACAAAACUGGGGUCUUAAAGUUUUAAAGUGUUCAAAUAGGUAUUUAUUUUAAAAAUAAAUACAAAUUACCCUG